GCGGCGGCGGCGCCCGUGCUUCCGGCGGCGGCUCGUCUUCCCUUCCCGGGUGAGUACGGCCGGCCGCGGGGGUAAGCAGGUCGGCGGGAGCGCUCGGUUCCCUCUGCCCGCUCGCCCCGCAGGGCUGAGUCCGCAAUAUGGUGGAACCUGGUGGAGCGGACGAGGGUUGCGACUCCGUCUGUGGCUCGCCGCGGCGCCGCCCCCGCUGCCUCCGUCAUCGCCCUUGCGGUUCCCCCGCCUCGAAUCCCGGCUGUGUAAGAUUCAAGACCUGAAAAAAUGGCAUUGGCAGCAAUUGAUCCACAGCAGAACAUUGUAUCAAGGGUUGUCAACCUUCCCUUGGUGAGCUCCACCUAUGAUAUGGUGUCCACAGCUUAUGUCACCACAAAGGAUAACCAUCCUUAUCUGAAGUCAGUAUGUGAGAUAGCAGAGAAAGGAGUGAAGACGAUUACUUCGGUAGCCAUGACAAGUGCUAUGCCUAUCAUCCAGAAACUGGAACCACAAAUUGUAGUUGCCAACAACUAUGCUUGUAUAGGUCUAGACAAAAUCGAAGAGAGACUGCCUAUACUGAAUCAACCCACUGACAAGGUUGUCGCCAAUGCCAAGGAUGCAGUUGUUGGAGCCAAAGAAGCUGUAACAACCUCUGUGACUGGUGCCAAGGAAACUGUUGCUCACACAAUCACUGGAGUUGUGGGCAAGACUAAAGAAGCAAUGCAAGACAGCGUAGAAAUGACCAAGUCAGUUGUCAAUGGCAGCAUUAACACUGUCCUGGGAAGUCGUGUGGUGCAAAUGGUGAGCAGUGGAGUGGACAGUGCUCUCACUAAAUCAGAGACCCUUGUAGACCAGUAUCUCCCACUUACAGAAGCAGAACUAGAGAAAGAAGCUGCAAAAGUUGAAGGUUUUGAAGUUGGAGUUCAAAAGCCGAGCUACUACAUUAGACUAGGAUCCCUGUCUUCAAAGGUCCGCACACGUGCCUACCAACAAGCCUUAAACAAAGUUAGAGAUGCUAAACAGAAAAGCCAGGAGACAAUCUCUCAGCUCCACCACACUGUUAGUCUGAUCGAGUAUGCCAGAAAGAAUAUGAAUAGUGCCAAUCAGAAACUUCUUGAUGCUCAGGAAAAGCUUUAUCAAUCCUGGGUAGAAUGGAAGAAAAAUACAGGCCAAAAUGAUGAUGAACUGCAUAGCGCUGAGCACAUUGAGUCAAGAACUCUAGCUAUUGCACAGAGCCUCACUCAGCAGCUUCAGACCACCUGCCUCACACUGGUCUCAAGCCUACAGGGCCUGCCACAGAAUGUGCAGGAUCAGGUUUACAGUGUUGGGUCAAUGGCAGGUGAUGUCUACCAGAGCUUUCGGUCAGCAUCCUCCUUCCAAGAAUUAUCAGACAGCUUUCUUAGCACUAGCAAAGGACAGCUGAAGAAAAUGAAGGAGUCUCUGGAUGAUGUGAUGGAUUAUCUUGUUAACAACACACCGCUCAACUGGCUGGUUCCAGAUUUCACUAUUACAGACCUGUCUUCAGAGUCAGAUGAUAUCCCAGAUAUUUUGGAUUUGGAUGAAGAUGAUCAACAAGAUUUUUCACGCACGAAUGGCCCUUACACUACAGGGCAAAGAGCUGAAUAAAGAGAAGCAUAAAAAUGUCAUUUUCAUACAAUGUACUUUUGCCAUGUUUAACUUGUAUUUCUCCUUUUUAAAGAUGAACCUGACUAGCUUAGGUAUUAUGGGGAUAUUUUUUUUAAAUCAGUACUGUUUUACUUAGCUGCAUCAAAAUUCUGAUUUUUUUUUCCACCUAAUGAAUGUGUGCUAUAUUAAUUCAUUAGCCCGGGUGUCACACUCCCACUGUACAAGCCAGAUAUAGCCUAAACAGUGUACGCAACUGAUCUAAUCUUUGUUAAUGAUUUGUUCUCUCACUGGCAGCAGCCACGAGAACACUCUAGUGCUUUGCAUAAAGGACUGCCAACAAAAGGAGUUGAUGAGGAUUUGCCCACAAAAUUUUCCCUUUCAGUCUCCAGGAAAAGCACUUCUGCAUCUACCUCUUUGCUGCUGGAAAGAGUAAGAGAGUUUAUGCUAUCAGGUGUGGGGCCUGAGACUACGAGAGGGUAAAUGCUUAAAAAGGAAAGUUUUCCAGGUAUAAGGAUGACAGUUAAAAAAGAAAGGGGAAGAGACUGUAAAAGGUAAAGAAGAAAGGAGGGCAAAGAGAUACAAAGAGAUGUGGGACAAAAGAAGAUUGCAAAAAAAAGAAAAAAAAAGAUACUUGAAGGUAGAGAUACUUCUAGUGACAGUGAUGACCAAUAUUAUGUUUAAAUAAAAUCUCAAUCAAAUAUUUGCUAAGGAAUGCCGAAUCUGCAUUUGCUUUGCACACACAGUGACUUCUGUAGGAGUGGGGGUGAGUGGCAAUGGGACAGGAGACGGGCUUGUUGCAUCUCUUUCCGAGGAUCAGGCUGAACUCCUCCCGCAGAGAUCUCCUCGAUGUCGCUGGGGUGACUGCUGCAAGUCUGGAGAUGAUGUAGAGUGCUACUUCCGUACAGCCCUGGAAACGUUACUCAGCACUCAGUUAUAGCCGUGAGGUUGGCACCUCUGCUCUCGCGUCAUCUAACACGUGGUGGUUGUGAAAAGUUGAAGUCUAGUCACUGAAAUGCCUUGGAAUAAAAGCUUGAACCGCA